GUUGCUGCGCGCAGCCGCGGCAGCGGCAGCCAGCGGCAGCUAUCUGCAAUGGAGGGAGAGCGUCCGGACCUAGAGCUCACGUCCUAUUUUCAUCGACAGCUUCGGUUCGUUGUGCGAUUACAUUUCUGUUGACAGAGUGCGAUCGGCGUUUUCAUCUCGCAAGGAAGAGGGCGCGAACCGAGCAGUGUUUGGACAAAGUCCUGUAUGCGCAGCGAGACCAUCAACAACUGCUCCUGUCGAGGAGCAACUUCAAUUUAUCGCUGGGCCCCGUGACGCAGAAAGUUCAAGGCAAGGUGGCGAGAGAGGAUGCCGUGAGUGGCGGCAGUCCUGCCAUGCCGGCCACCCGCUUCCACAGCUACCAUGGCCGCAACCUCAUCCUGUGCGAGAAUAACAUGGUGGCCUACCGCAAGGCAAGCUUUGCACACGCGCUGGCCUUCUCGGAGCAGCCCCUGCUUCCUGGCGAGAUCUUCCUGGUGGAGAUUGAGCAGAACGAGCGGGGGUGGAGCGGCCACAUGCGGCUGGGCCUGACCCAGCAUGACCCGGCGGCCCGUUUCCCCCUGCCCCAGUACGCCCUGCCAGACCUGGCCAACAUGGGCCACUCGUGGGUCUUCGCCAUCCACAACUCGGAACUGGACUCUGAGCACCAGGGGGCGUCUCCCUACCAGCGGCCGGACAGCCCCUCCUCUGUGCUUGGCACUGGAGAGCAAAUCUACACGAGCCGGGGUGUCAUUCCACGAAGCAUGCUGCUCCCUAUCAAGCGGCCCCGGGCAGGUGCCUUAGCUCCUGCUGACACUGAUGAAGGCAGUGGAGGCUUUUCCGGUGAUGGGGCUUCGUUUCAUGGUGGAGAGAAUGGAAAGUCCAGCAUUCUUCCUACGGAUGUAGGCAGUCGCAUUGGAGUUAUGUAUGUGACAAGGGGUCAGUCAGCUGACAUGCACUUCAUCAUCAAUGGGGAAGAUCAGCUGUAUGCCACCGACAUUCCUCACCGUGACGCUCCACUUUACGCCGUUGUCGACGUCUACGGCACCACCAAGCAUGUCCGCAUUGUGCAACUCUAUGGAGUGGUGGCAUCGUUACAGAGUGCGUGCCGUGAUGCCAUCCUGCAGCACAUCUCAAGCUGUGCUGUGCGGACGCUGCCCCUUCCCCGGAAGCUGAAAGAGUAUCUGUGCUAUCCCUCGCUGAGGCCACUGUGACGUCCCAUGCAGGACGGUGCAUCUGUUUCCUCUCAAACUGCUUCCUGAGGCCGUGCACGGCUACUGCGCACUCCCUGCAACGGCCAAAAUAUUUGUGCAUCUGAGACCGGAUGGCACCCCUCUGGCUUGCAGCUUCAGUACCGAAGCAUCCUGUGAUCACACAUGGGUUUCUCUCUUUGUCCCUGUAAUUUUCUACGGACAAAGGUAUUUUUGAACUCACUAGUCGGAAGCGCAGUGCUGCAGCAAGCGGGAGUUUCUUUUUUUUUUUUUUUUUUUUUGCAAAGAAAUAAAAUUACACUUGUUGGCA